ACAGCCUACAUAGUCUUACUUCCUCACAGCCUCAUUAACCUCUCACAACAUUAAAAGCAAGUCUUGCAAUACCUGCCUUUUCAAGUUUAAUCUCCAUGCAUAUUUGCAUCAUGAAUGGUUAAACUUUCCUUUUCAGAGCGAAAAUAUAUAAAUCCAUUCUUCAUCCUCACCUCUUCCAAUAAUUCCCCCAUUCCCACCUACUCAUUACCCAAAAUGAAGGCUCAAUUCGCUACCGUUGCCGCAUUACUCUUGGCUUUACCUGCUAUUGAAGCAGCUGCAGUUAUGCCUGCUCCAACUGAAGCACCCGUUUUGCAGAAACGUGUCUUCCCAACCGGAAGUGCAGCAGUUGAAUCAUUCUUGAAAACUGUUGAUCCAGCACAAUUAUCCACUUACUUUUCUUGGGCUGCUCAUGGUGAUGGUUCAUUCACAACCCAUGCUGAAAGCUUCAUCAGUGCAAACAGCGCUCAAUAUGCUUCUUAUCUUUCUGCAAAAUCAAUCGAUCCUGCUCAAGCAAGUGCAAUCGCUGCAGGCUUAGGCGGUGCAAGUGGCUUGGCUGCUGCAGGUGCUGCCGGUGCCGGUGCCAAUGGUGCUAACAGUAACGGUCAAAAUGGAGACAGUGGUGCCAGUGGCAAAAGCGGUGAUGGUGCUAAGGGAAGCAGCAACAAUGGAACAGAUUCAGGUGCAAAUGGAAACAAGAACGGAACAGAUGCUGGAGCUGCCGGAGCAGCAGGUGCUUUGGGAGCAGGAGCAGCCGGAGCAGCAGGUGCAAACGGAUCCAACAGUACAAACGGCACUUCAUCUUCAGCAGAUGGAGCAAAUGGAACAAGUUCUUCAUCCGCUGCCGGAGCACAAAGAACCGGAGGAACAAAUGCUGCUUACUCACUUGCAGUCAAUAUGGCAGGCCCAGCUACCGUUGCUGCGGUUAUGUUGGCCUUCUUGGGACUAUAAGAUUUUAAUUGUGUUCCUACAUACCCCCCCUCUCUCGUUUAAAUUUACCCGAUCUUUUGUUCC